CAAGGCCUACGCCCUCGCCGUCGCCGAUGACGAUGCUACUACCAACGAGAUGAAGACGAAGCACCUCUCCGACGACGGCGAGCCGGAGGAGAACUACCGCGGCUGGAAGGCCAUGCCCUACGUCAUAGAGGUCUGUCUGCAAGUACUACAAGCUAAGUCGAUGGGUCCAAAGCAGAGUGCCCUGCCCACCACCACCACCUCUCCACCUCACAGGCCAACCAUGCCUACGUGGCUGCAUGACUCCUCCUCACUCACUUGUUGCUCAAUGAUUGACAUCACGCACCAUCAGCUGCCAAGUUCAGCUGCUACGACAUGGCAAUGGGAACGAGACGUGCGAGAAGCUUGGCACCAUCGGCACCACGGCCAACCUGCUCGUCUACCUCACAACGGUGUACGGCAUGAAGGGCGCCAGCGCCACCACGCUGCUCAGCCUCUGGGGCGGCACCGUCAACAUGGCCCCCGUCCUCGGCGCCUUCCUCAGCGACUCCUACCUCGGCCGCUACACCACCAUCGCCCUCGCCUCCAUCGCCUCCUUCGUCGGCAUGAUCCUCCUCACCCUCACCGCCGCUGUUCCCUCGCUCCAUCCACACGGCACGGGGCCCUCCGCGACGCAUAUGGCCGUGCUCCUCGUCUCCUUCGCGCUGCUCGCUGUCGGGGCCGGCGGCAUCCGCCCCUGCAACCUCGCCUUCGGCGCCGACCAGUUCGACCCGCGCACGCCGGCCGGCCGCCGGGGGAUCAACAGCUUCUUCAACUGGUACUACUUCACCUUCACCAUCGCCAUGAUGAUCUCCGCCACGGUCAUCAUCUACCUCCAGAGCAACGUCAACUGGGCGCUCGGCCUCGCCGUCCCGGCCACUCUCAUGGGCCUCUCCUGCGCGCUCUUCUUCAUGGGCACGCGCCUCUACGUCCGCGUCCGCCCCGAGGGCAGCCCCUUCACCAGCUUCGCCCAGGUCGUCGUCGCCGCGUACCGGAAGCGCCACCUCCCGGCGCCCGCGUCCCCCGCCGAGCUCUUCGACCCGCCGCACAAGAGCAGCCUCGUGUCCAAGAUUGCCUACACGGACCAGUUCCUGUGCCUGGACAAGGCCGCCGUGCUCACCCCCGACGACGAGCUCUCGGCCGGCGGCGCGGCGCCGGCGGACCCAUGGCGGCUGUGCACGCUGCAGCAGGUGGAGGAGGUCAAGUGUCUGACCCGUCUGCUCCCGGUGUGGUCGUCGGGGAUCGUCUACUACAUCGUGCUCACCAACCUGGGCAACUACAACGUCCUCCAGGCCAUGCAGACCGACCGGCACAUCGGGCGGUCGGGGUUCCAGAUCCCGGCGGGCUCCUUCGUCGUCUUCAACAUGCUGGCGCUCACGGUGUGGCUACCCAUCUACGACGGCCUGGUGGUGCCGGCGCUGCAGCGUGUGACCAAGCGUGAGGGCGGCAUCACGCAGCUCCAGCGGAUCGGCACCGGCAUCGUCAUGUCCAUCGCCACCAUGGUGCUGGCGGCGGCGGUGGAGCGUCACCGGCGCAGGGUCGGGAACGCCACGUCGUGCUUCGUGCUGGUGCCCCAGCAGAUGCUGGCGGGGCUGUCGGAGGCGUUCGCGGUGAUCGGGCAGGUGGACUUCUACUACAAGCAGUUCCCGGAGAACAUGCGGAGCGUCGCCGGCGCGCUGCUCUUCCUGGGCUUCGCCGUCGCCAGCUACGCCAGCGGGCUCAUGGUCACGGUUGUGCAUCGGACGACUGGCGGCAGCGGCGGGCGGCCGGACUGGCUGACGCAGGACCUCAACCAGGGGCGUGUCGACCUCUACUACCUGGUCAUCGCGGCCAUGGCGGCGGUCAACCUCGUGUACUUCGUGGUGUGCGCGCGAUGGUACAGGUUCAAGGAGUUGGACGCUGCCGUCGCCGUCGUCGAGCUGGAGGGAAAGGACAGCCUCAAGGCUAAUGGCGUCCCGGCACCUCCUCCAGUGUGAAGCACUUUGGUCUCUUGAAUCAAAGGAAAAAAAAAUGGAAAAUUGAAUGAAGGUGCACCGUAGUGUGUCAAGGAAAGUAGAAAUAGAUAGGUAGAUGGGCAGAUUGAAAUCGACGUAUAUAUUACUAUUAUUUUGCUGUUUUGUGACACCAAAUUUCAUGAUAGUGUCCAUCUGAAUUUGGCAAAACUAUAGAGGCGAGAGCAGAGCACAACAUAGCAAAAGCAGAGCAACCAUGGUUAACAACCGAU